AUGACAUUAAUAUAAAAUAUAAAUAUAAUAAAUUAAUUAUCAUAAGAUUAUGGGUAAAUCCGUUUUAUUUUUCUAAUUAUAAUAUGUAAUUUAACAAAUUUUACAAUAGACAGAUAUGGAAUGACUUAUUAAAAAAAAAUAACGUCAAAACUGUCAAAAUUUUGGAGUGUCAUGUCAACGUAAUAUUUUCGUUUUUCGUGCAAACAUAAUCGUUGAAAAUUGCAAAAAAAUAGCAAAAUAACACUGUGAAAGUUUGUAACUGUGCUAGAAAACUGUUGUUUUAAGUGUUUUCAAGAUGCAUUGGUACGGUGGCAGCAUAGCUGAGGCAGUUACACUGUCUAAACAGAAAAAUGCUAUUUUUGUAGUUUUUGUUGAAGGUGAUAAUGAUCUGUCGUCAGAGAUGACGUCAGUGCUGGAUGAUGCUGCGGUGCUGCAGAGGCUCGGCAACAGCACUAACUUCCUGGCCAUCCGGCUGAAGAGUGGCUCCACGGACUACACACACUUUGCACAGAUCUACCAAUUCGUCCCCGUGCCGUCUCUAUUCUUCAUCGGCCGUAACGGUACUCCAUUAGAGGUGGUCUGCGCGGGAGUGCAGCCAGGUAACCUGGCCACCAGGAUCGACAGGAUACUGGAGGAGCAUCACAAAGAAAAACCGGCGCCACCGCCGUCCAACAUUAAGGAGCAAACGGCCAAUUUGCUGGCAUCUGAAUCAACCCCCGCCCCCACACCAGGGGGGAGCAAAGUGCCUGCCACCGCACCUGUGAAAGAACCAGAGCCAUCAGAACCAGCCGCAAAAAUGGCCAAACUAGACGAUCAAGAAGUGGUGUGCAACGAUGGAGUUUGUAUCCGCCGCCCGCGCGCCGACGGAGCCGGGCCUAGCAAAACUCCUGACGCACCACAAAAGGAACCUGAAGCGAAGUUGGCAGCAUCAGAGAGCACUCUGAGCGCAGAAGAGAAGAUGGAGAGAGCUAAGGCUCUUAUCGAGGCUAAGAGGAAAGAGAAAGCAGAGAAAGAGAGACAGCUAGAGAAAGAGAGGGAAAAAGAGCGACGCAACAUUGGACAAGGGGUUGCGGAGCUGAAAAAAUGGCAGGCAGAGCAGGAGCUCAAACAAUUGCAGGAGGAGCGUAAACGCGAGAAGAUGGAGAACGACCUCGCUAGACAGCGCAUUUUGGAGCAAAUCGCACAAGAUCGUGCCGAGCGACGUGCCAGGGAGUCCAGGGACGUGCCACAGCCGCAAGAGUGCCAUCGGAGAGACACUACCGCCCCAGCCACAUCCGGGGACGGAGCCCUACAAGCUCGCGUGCAGUUCAAACUACCGGACGGCACCACCCAUACAAACCACUUCCCUGCCGAGGCAAGGCUGGCCGAGGUGCACCGAUAUGUCGCCGAUAAUUUGGAUCUACCCACCGCCCAAUUCUCCUUAUGGCUGGCGUUCCCUCGCCGAGAGCUAACGGACACAGAAGCGACACUCCGGCGACUCGAACUGGCGCCGUCCGCGGCGCUGCUCGUGUUGCCGCGCGCCGCCGUGCCAGCGCGACCGUCGACCGUCGGCAACAUUAUAGCCAUUGUGUCGCAACUCCUGUCAACCAUGAUCUUCGAGCCGUCUACGCGUCUGUACACGUGGCUGAUGUCGCUCGUCCCCGCGCGCGGCGCGCCGCCCGCGCCGGGGGGCGCCGCCCCCUCCGCGUCCCCCGCGGGGGGCGCCGCCCCCGCCGCCGCCGCCAGGAGGGGCAACGUGCAUCGGCUAAGGGGGGAACGACCCGAUGAUGACAACAACACAUGGAAUGGGAACUCGACGCAGCAGAUGUAGACAUUUAUUCAGCAUCAACAAUAUUAAGAAGUAAAGACACAAUAUAUGGCGACCAAAAUAUCACAGAGUAUAGAAAUAAUACCAUACUUUGUAAAAGGGGCUAUUCUAAAAAUGAAAAAAUAGGUUAUUCCCACUUGUUACCACCAAGUUGUUACCAGUGGUAACUACUGGGAUUUUUUUCCCAGUUACCAGUGGUAACUACUGGGAUUUUUUUUCCCAGUAGUUACCACUCAAAUUUUGUUAGAGUUCAAUACUAAUUAAAAACAAUAUAAAUGGUAUUGUAUAAAUACAGUAUGUAUAUAUUAACUAAAACCAUUUACUCAAACCCGUUAAUGUAUAUGUCAUACUGAGUAACUUACUAUGGGACCAACCCCGAAAUAACGAAAUAAAAUUUGGCUAUUUCGUACAUUUUAGCUGGUCAGGCGUUGAAGUUUUCUAUGAAAACGUUUUUUUUUCGCUCUUUCGCUGUUUGAGUAAAUGGUUUUAGUUAAUAUACAUACUGUAUAGAGUGCUUAAAAAAAAUAUACAAGUCUAUUCGUGUUUCCGUAAACUGCCUUAGUGAUAUGAAAAAAAUACAGUUUUACCGAUACAAGUGCUAACACUAAAAUUAACGAGAGAAAUUAACGAUUGGAUGAAAUUUAUCUUAUUAAUUGUAAUUUGAAUUCAGUCUUAAACCGACAUAUCAUUAUUUAUUAAAGUACUCUAUAUUUAUACUAUUCUAUUUAUACUGAUUUUAUAAGUUUACAACUUUAACAAAAUUUUGAUGGUAACUACUGGGAAAAAAAUCCCACAUUUUACCUGUGGUAAUCACUGGAAAAAAUAAAUCCCGGUAGUUACCACAAACUCUGUUUGGUUCGGUGUGGUGGUAACUAGUGGGAAUAAUCCGAAAAAAAUAAAAAUGUGCCUACAGUACAACUUUUGAUAUAAUGAAUUUCGUCAUCAUACAUACCUAAAUGUGUUUAAUAAAUUUAAUAAUUUGAAUGAAAAAUCGAAAGUAAAGAAUUAAGUUGAAUAUUACUAGACGAGGGCACCGGAGUUGAUCAGAUAUACAUUAAAUUUCAUGUAAGGGGCAAUGAUAUUAUAAGGGCGACUUGCAAUCCGCAGGUCGCGAGUACAAACCCCGGCACGUACCAUCAUUUUUCGGAACUUGUACGAAAUAUUAUUUCAUAUUUACCAGUCGCUUUCCGGUGAAGGAAAACGUGAGAAAACCGGACUAAUCCCAAAGGCUUAGUUUACCCUCUGGAUUGGAAGGUCAGAUGGCAUUUGCUUUCGUAAAUGCCUACGCCAAUUCUUGGGAUUAGUUGCCAAGCGGAUCCCAGGCUCCCAUGAGCCGUGGCGAAAUGCCGGGGCAAACGCGAGGAAGAAGAGAAUUUUUCAUUGAGUAACAAAUAUUCCAUACAUUUUUUGGAUGAUUUUUUACGUUAUUCAGUGAAAUUGUGUUUUUAUUCUACAGAAAUAGUUAACUUUAUAUGUACAGACAAGUGUAAAAAUAUGGGUGUACACAUCUUACUCAAAAAUAUGUCCCAUAGCAUCUUAUUCCAGUGUAAUAAGAGCGUAGUACCAUAUUUAUGAGACGCUUAUUUCGAUACAUAUUUUUGCACUUGACUGUACCACAGAAAAAGUAAUAGUACUACCCAAUGGUACUACAGGGCCGAAUCAUGCUGUCCCUUUCUAAUGUAUGGCACUAUCCCUUUCGGCUAUUUAGGGUUGUCAAAAUUCAAGUUAUUAUCUUAUCUGUGGCCGUGCACGCAAAGGGACGUCAAGUUGUGCUAACCCUAAUAAUUGCUCGUAGCUAUGCUGACCCGAACGGAGCCGAGAUGGCCCGAAAGUAUCAGUUUCCCCCCCUUUUUUGUGCCCUAAAUUCUAUCGAAAUCUGGGAAAAAAAAAAAAACAACAAAUUAAAAAUCGGCCCAUGUAUACCUCAAUUUGCAAUUCAUUCAAUUCAAUAGAUAGUGUCGAGUUUGCAUAUAAAUAUUAUAUUAUAAUAUAAUUUAUUUUAUUUUUAUUUAGGCAUGCACUUAUUGGUUGAUUUAUCACGGAAUUACAGUUUUCUAGUAUAGUUAUAAACAUUUUUAAUGUUUCACGUUGUAAUUUAUGGAUAACAAUAAAAAAUAUGGUUAUUUGGAAA